UCCUCUCGUGCCUCCCAGAAGCUUCCAGGUCCCUGCAGUCCGGCACGCGCUGUGAAAAUGUUCGGCCAGCAGGUUUUAGUGCUCAACCAGAACAUGAAGAGAGAGUCAGGACGUAAAGUCCAGACUGGAAACAUCAAUGCUGCCAAGACCAUCGCAGAUGUGAUCAGGACCUGUCUCGGCCCGCGGGCCAUGAUGAAGAUGUUGCUCGACCCCAUGGGGGGAAUCGUGAUGACCAACGAUGGAAACGCCAUCCUCAGAGAGAUCCAGGUCCAGCAUCCUGCAGCCAAGUCGAUGAUCGAGAUCAGCCGCACACAGGAUGAAGAGGUGGGAGACGGGACCACAUCAGUCAUCAUACUGGCUGGAGAGAUGCUGUCUGUAGCGGAGCAGUUUCUGGAGCAGCAGAUGCAUCCAACCGUCAUUAUCGGCGCCUACAGGCAGGCUCUGGAGGACAUGCUGGAGACUCUGAAGGAGAUCAGCACCCCUGUGGACACGUCAGACCGCUCCAUGAUGCUGAAGAUCGUUCACUCUGCCAUCAACACCAAAGCUCUGAGCCGCUGGUCUGAACUGGCCUGCAGCAUCGCUCUGGAUGCCGUUCACAUCGUGGAGCUGGAGGACAACGGACGCAAAGAGAUCGACAUCAAGAAGUACGCCAAAGUGGAGAAGGUUCCAGGUGGGAUCAUCGAGGACUCGUGCGUGCUGAGAGGCGUGAUGGUGAACAAAGACGUGACUCACCCGAGGAUGAGACGCAUGAUCAAAGAGCCCCGAAUCGUCCUGCUGGACUGUUCUCUGGAGUACAAGAAGGGAGAGAGCCAGGCGGACAUAGAGAUGAGUAAGGAGGAAGACUUUGCCAGGAUCCUGCAGAUGGAGGAAGAAUACAUCCAACAGAUCUGUGAGGACAUCAUCCGCCUCAAACCAGACCUGAUCUUCACGGAAAAGGGCAUCUCAGAUCUGGCUCAGCACUACCUGAUGAAGGCAAACAUCACCGCCAUCCGCCGGGUGAGGAAGACUGACAACAACCGCAUCGCCAGGGCGUGCGGGGCUCGGAUCGUCAGCCGGACUGAUGAGCUGCGUGAGGAAGACGUUGGUACGGGGGCGGGGCUGUUUGAGGUGAAGAAGAUCGGUGAUGAGUAUUUCGCCUUCGUCACGGAGUGUAAAGACCCCAAAGCCUGCACCAUCCUGCUGAGAGGAGCCAGCAAAGAGAUCCUUGCGGAGGUGGAGAGGAACCUGCAGGACGCCAUGCAGGUGUGUCGUAACGUGCUGCUGGACCCGCUGCUGUUGCUGGGCGGCGGCGCUGUGGAGAUGGCCGUAUCGAAGCGACUGAUGGAGCGUUCCCGCGCUCUGACCGGCAUCGAACAGUGGCCGUACCGCGCCGUGGCCCAGGCCCUGGAGGUCAUCCCCCGGACCCUGAUCCAGAACUGUGGAGCCUCCACCAUCAGACUGCUCACAUCACUGAGGGCCAAACACACUCAGGACAACAGUGUGUGUUGGGGUGUAGAUGGAGAGACCGGCUGUCUGGCUGACAUGUCGGUUCUGGGGAUCUGGGAGCCACUGGCCGUUAAAGCUCAGACCUACAAGACCGCCGUCGAGACGGCCAUCUUGCUGUUGCGUAUUGAUGACAUCGUCUCCGGUCACAAGAAGAAAGACAAAGACGGACAGAUGGGGGGACAAGGAGCUGAGUAGAUCCAGAUCAACAUCAGAGUCGCUGUGUGUCUGUCUGUCUGUCUGUCUGUCUCUCUGUCUGUCUGUCAGACACAUCAGACGACUCACUGAAACUUUAAGUCAAUAAAGUUGGAAACAUGUUUCUGGUCUGUUAGUUUCUAUUCUGUUCGUGUUUCAAAGAUCAAUAAAGUUUGUCAGGUCUUUCA